AUGCCCUACUUCCGCAUCACACUACUUCGCUCGUCGAUCGGUCUGCCCAAGCAGGCCUCGGGCGUCCUCAAGGCCCUAGGUCUGCGCAAGCGCAUGAAGACCGUCUACCAUCCCGUCUCGCAGCAAGUCGCCGGUCAAAUCUUCGCCGUCAAGGAACUCGUCGACGUCCAGGAGGUCGACCAAAGAUUCUCGCCUGAAGAACUCAAGGAACUCAGACGACCCGAUUCUGGCUUCUACGUCGAGAGCCGCGUACAGGACCAGCGCAUGGAUUGA